CAGUGCUUGAUUGACAUAGCAGAAAGCAGAUAACUGACGCUGGCUAAAAUUAUUGGUGAUCUUAGCCAACUCUUUGUUCAUUCUCGAGAUGGAGACCGAGCACAAGGAGAAAGAACUGAAGCACCUUGGAUUCGUGAGGAUUGCGGCGAUUCAGGCUCUGGUGUGCGUGUGCAAUCUGUACAACUACGCCAAGAGUAACUCAGGCCCGUUGCGAUCGGCGGUUGGGACCGUAGAGAGUGCUGUGACAACCGUCGUUGGACCUGUCUAUGAGAGAUUCAAGGGAGUUCCUGAUGAUAUCCUCGUUUAUGUUGAUACGAAGGUGAAUGAAGCUUCACACAAGUUUGAUAAACAUGCUCCACCGAUGGCAAAACAUGUUGUGAGCCAUGCCCAUAUUUUAAUUGAGAAGGCUUUACAGAAAGCGCAAAAGUUUGUAAGCGAGGCUCAGGCCGGAGGACCACGCGCAGCUUUACAUUAUGCUGCUGGAGAGUAUACACGAUUCGUGCUCACAAAUUCUGCUAUCGUAUGGCAUAAGCUCAACCACUAUGCGAUCUUCCACACUGUGGCGGGGAUUACUGUGCCGAUGGCUGCACACUUAUCGGAGAAGUAUAAUCAUGUUGUUUUGGGAAUGAACAAGAAGGGUUAUCCGGUCGUGGGCUACCUUCCUUUGGUUCCCAUUGAUGAAAUUGCUAAGGCUUUUAAGGAGACUAAAGCAGAGAAAGAGGUAAAUGGGCCUGAACCAGGUUCAAUCUCAGUUUCUGAUUAAGAAGUUAAUCAGAAUUUAUUUUUCCUUCAUUAGCUUGCUUUAACUUGAUGUUUGGCUUGCAAAAAUGUAAUAGGCUACGUGAUUUGUCUAGUGUUUGUAGCUCAUUGUGGAUAUGAAUCACUCUGUAAAUGACUUCCCGACUUGAUUUCCUUCUAUGAAUCAAUGCUGCAUAAUUUCUGUUUUUGCAA